GGCUCAGAGGGUAGGCACGCACAUUUGCAUUUGUUGUUGACAACUGUGGGCUUCAGAUCGCCCUCCCCUUGUAACCCCUGCUAAAUGGGACUUGUAAUCCCCUUUCCACCCACUCCCUUAUUCCCCAGGGCAAGAAUGUUGACUCCUGUUCUCUGUCACCUGUCAGAAUCCAUCCUCCUGUCACUGGCUUAUAUGGAUAAGUCAGUCUAGGGCCAUGUGACCUUGGUUGCUAAAAACAGCUCCAUCACCCACUCUGAACCAGGGCCUGAAACAAUGUCCUCCACAGCGAGAAACAUAAAGGACACUUGAUCGUACAGUCCUUGGAAUUAUUUCCAGGAAACACUCGACGGAGCCAUUUGGGAGCACCCUUGCCCUGGCAUCACGCUUAGGGACGGCCAGGAAAUGAGCACUUCUCUGAAUUACAAGUCUUUCUCCAAAGAGCAGCAGACCAUGGAUAACUUGGAGAAGCAACUGAUCUGCCCCAUCUGCCUGGAGAUGUUCACGAAGCCUGUGGUCAUUCUUCCCUGCCAGCACAACCUGUGUAGGAAAUGCGCCAGCGACAUCUUCCAGGCCUCUAACCCAUAUUUACCGACAAGAGGAGGCACCACCGUGGCGUCAGGGGGCCGCUUCCGCUGUCCCUCUUGCAGACAUGAGGUGGUGUUAGAUAGACACGGGGUCUAUGGGCUGCAGAGGAACCUGCUGGUGGAAAACAUCAUCGAUAUCUACAAGCAGGAAUCCACCAGGCCAGAAAAGAAGUCAGACCAGCCCAUGUGUGAAGAUCAUGAAGAGGAGCGCAUCAAUAUUUACUGCCUGAAUUGUGAGGUGCCCACCUGCUCCUUGUGCAAGGUUUUUGGCGCUCAUAAGGACUGCCAGGUGGCUCCCCUGACCCACGUGUUCCAGAGGCAGAAGACAGAGCUCAGUGACGGCAUUGCUGUACUGGUGGGAAGCAACGAUCGAAUCCAGGGAGUGAUCAGCCAGCUGGAGGACACCUGUAAAACUAUUGAGGAGUGCUGCAGAAAGCAGAAACAGGAUCUGUGCGAGAAGUUCGAUUACCUCUAUGGCAUCCUGGAGGAGAGGAAGACUGAAAUGACCCAAGCCAUCACCCGAACACAAGAGGAGAAACUGGAGCACGUCCGAGCUCUUAUCAGAAAGUAUUCUGACCACCUGGAGAACGUGUCAAAAUUGGUGGAGUCAGGGAUCCAGUUCAUGGAUGAGCCGGAAAUGGCAGUGUUUCUGCAGAAUGCCAAGACCCUGUUACAAAAGAUCUCGGAAGCAUCGAAGGCAUUUCAGAUGGAGAAAAUAGAACAAGGUUAUGAGCUCAUGACCAAUUUCACAGUCAACCUCAACAGAGAAGAAAAAAUUAUCCGUGAAAUUGAUUUUUACAGAGAAGAGGAAGAUGAUGAGGACACAGGAGAAACAGAAGAAGGAGAAGGAGGUGAUUCAGUAGAAGUAGAAGAUGUAGAAAAUGUUCAAAUAGAGUCAUCAGGGGAAGAGGAGAGUAUGGGAAAGUCACCAGAGAACUCUCAGCUGACCUCAGAGCUCCAGGCUUCCCCAGGACCACUACUUGCUGUCUCUCCAGAAACGCUUUCAUCCAUGCCACCUGCUGCAGAUGUCCUGGUGACACAGGGGGAGGUGGUGCCCACUGGCUCUCAGCAGACCACACAGUCUGAAACUCCAGGCCCUUCAGCAGCGGAAACUGCGGACCCCUUGUUUUACCCUAGUUGGUAUAAAGGUCAAAGCCGGAAAACCAUCUCCAAUCCACCUUGCACUCCUGGGAGUGAAGGUCUGGGGCAAAUAGGGCCUCCGGGUGCUGAGGAUACCAGUGUGCAGAUGGCAGCAGUGGCAGAAGCCUCAGCCAAUGAGCAGGCAGUGAGUGGUAAGGAAUCUAGCGCACCUGCAGCUGCCUCUCAGGUUGGAUUUGAGGCCCCUCCUCCCCAGGGACAGGCUGCAGCCUCUGGGAGUGGGGGUGGGGCUGAUUCUGAGCCUGCUCGCCACGUCUUCUCCUUCUCCUGGUUGAAUUCCCUGAAUGAAUGAUAUUUAUUCUGGCUGCUGCCCCCUGUCUGCCUGGCAGAGUAGCACAGGGACAGCAGAGAACCUGGAUGGAAUUUUACAUGAUGCAUAUGAAUGUCUGAACAGAACAGACAGACAGACCGACAGACAGACUGACCGACCACUUUAAUUCCAGAUGACUUCUCUAACUUGUUGAGAAAGUGAAUACGCUCAGAACAAAACUGAAGAAAAGGCUGGUAUGAAGAAACGUGAUCUUAGGCAAAUCUUUUACGGCGUGAGAAUCAUUCUGAAGGUUAUGUAGGGGUGGUACAUGUGUGUACAUCAGUCGUGGCAAGUGGCAAGUGUUAACAAAGCGGGCAUUGCACUCUCGUCUCUCAUGGGUAUAUAGGCUUCUUGUUAUUUUAGCACAGUUGUACCUUUUGCUUUGCUCCUUAGCAGUUCAGAUAGUUGGUGACAUUCAGUGUUAGUUCAGAACGGACUGAUUCAUCAAAAUAUGGACACAAAAUUGGUCACUGACCAGAGCUACACAUACACAAAUACACAAAGGGUAUUUGUGUAGCUAUUAAAGCCAAAAUGUUCUUUUUCUUUCUUUUUUUUUUUUUUUAAGAAAAAGUUCUCAAGUGCCCUUUUGCAGCAACUAUGUUUAGUUUCUUGAGGUGUUUGUGUCAUUAAGUUUCUCCUAUCUAAGGCUAGGGAGACCCUACAGCGGGCGAAGGGUUAAGGCGCUUGUCUCUGGGCCUGGAGUUCAACACCUGGAACUCGCACGGUAGGAGAGAGCUGAUGUCCACCAGUUGUCCUCUGACCACACAUUUGCCGUGGUGCACACUCCCCUCUGCCUCUCAGCCAGUUAGGCUUUUGUGUUAUUUCCACUGUGACCGAUCUUCAAAGUUAUCAAGUUUUAGAGGCGAGAGGAAUCUGUAAAAUUAUUUACCUUACUCUCAGAAGAGAAAUCUGAGGUACAGAGGAAAGCCCAAGACAAUUGCAGGGCUGGUGUGAGCUACCUGACCAAUGGUGGUAUUUUUAGGAGAAAGUAAAAUGUAGGAGGAUUUGGGUUUUUUGUUUGUUUGUUUGUUUGUUCUGUUGUUUUCAUUUUCUUGUGCUGAGGCCAUUUCUUUAUGCACACUGAAGAUGAAAAAUAAAUUCACACUAACCUUUGCAGAUUUUAUUAAAAAUAUAAAUAUUCAACGUCCUCU